AUGUUUGUUCUAUCAGAAAUUGAGGAUACCAUCAAGGUUGAGCCGAAAAAUUUCCACAAGCCAAGUGCGACGGCCAUUGCAGAACAAAUCAAUGUAAAGUACGCAAAUAAAGUUCUUCAGGAUGUGGGGCUGUGUAUUUGUGUCCAUGAUAUUCUUGAAGCUAGUGAGGGUCGCAUUCGGUGGGGUGAUGGGUGCUUAUACUACACCGUUCUCUUUCGUCUAGUGGUCUUCCGACCUUUUAUCAAUGAGGUCCUCGUAGGACGGAUCACAUCGUCAACGAAUGAGUCGAUUCGGGUUUCUAUGGGAUUCUUUGACGAUAUUUAUAUACCACCGCAUCUUCUUCCUACGCCCUCUGCUUUUGACUACCAAGAGCAAGCGUGGUUUUGGCUCCUAGAUCCAUCGUCGGAUGCACAUGUAGCUGACCCAUUGUUGUCGGCUCCCGAGGAGCGGAUGUAUCUGGACGUCGGAGAGACAAUACGCUUUGCGAUUGAAUCAGACAGCUUCUAUGAUAUGGAGCCAGGGCCAGCUGUGGGGGAAGGAAAGCUCGGUGAGACCCCCACAGGUGUCGGAAAUAUUCCCGGAGAUCCAGGCUCGAAAGGGUCCACGAACUAUGCGCCUUACCGUAUUGUUGGCUCUAUCGCCGGCCAGGGUCUAGGAUUGGUAUCGUGGUGGGCCGGUGCAGAACAAGUCCCUGUAGAAUAA